GCCCAGGCCGGGACCUCGCAUGGAGUCGUGGCGGCGGCGCCCCUGUUGCCCGCUGCCUCUCUGGAGCCCCGGCGGCGGGGCGAAGCUCCUGCUCCUGCUUUUGACGGUGCGCCUGGGGAGCUGCACUGAUAAAACAGAUGAUGAGGAUGACGAAGACCUAGCUGGCAACAAGACAUGGGUGCUGUCCCCAAAGAUCCACGAAGGAGACGUCACUCGCAUACUGAACUCUUUACUCCAAGGCUAUGACAACAAACUUCGGCCAGACAUUGGAGUGACAACCACAGUAAUUGAAACAGAUGUCUAUGUUAACAGCAUUGGCCCGGUUGAUCCAAUUAAUAUGGAGUACACCAUAGACAUCAUUUUUGCCCAGACUUGGUAUGACAGUCGCCUGAAGUUCAAUAGCACCAUGAAAGUACUCAUGCUGAACAGCAAUAUGGUUGGGAAAAUCUGGAUUCCAGAUACUUUCUUCCGAAACUCAAGGAAAUCAGAUGCCCAUUGGAUCACGACUCCAAACCGCUUGCUACGCAUUAGAAAUGAUGGACGAGUAUUAUAUACUCUCAGGUUGACAAUUAACGCUGAGUGUUACCUUAAACUUCACAACUUUCCCAUGGAUGCACAUUCUUGUCCUCUGGAAUUUUCAAGCUAUGGAUACCCCAAGAAUGAAAUUGUAUACAAAUGGAAGAAAUCGUCAGUUGAAGUGGCAGAUCCAGAAUACUGGAGAUUGUAUCAAUUUGCAUUUGUAGGUUUAAGAAAUACAACUGAUAUCUCUCGUACGCAGUCUGGAGAUUAUGUUGUCAUGACGAUCUUCUUUGAUCUGAGCAGACGCAUGGGGUAUUUCACGAUUCAAACAUACAUUCCUUGCAUAUUGACUGUUGUUCUUUCCUGGGUCUCCUUCUGGAUUAAUAAAGAUGCAGUGCCUGCAAGGACUUCCUUAGGCAUCACCACCGUAUUGACGAUGACCACGCUGAGUACAAUUGCAAGGAAAUCUCUUCCCAAGGUUUCUUAUGUAACAGCAAUGGACCUUUUUGUCUCCGUGUGUUUCAUCUUCGUGUUUGCUGCCUUGAUGGAGUAUGGCACAUUGCAUUAUUUUACCAGCAACAAAAAAGAAGCCAAGAAGAAUGACAAGAGAGUCAACAAGAAACCUGUGAAUCCACCUGCUCUUGCUAUCCACCCUGGCUCUACGUUAAUUCCAAUGAACAAUAUCCAUCGCCUGCAAGAACACAAUGACCAUUAUGGCUACGAGUGCCUUGAAGGUAAGGACUGCUCCAGCUUCUUUUGUUGCUUUGAUGACUGCCGCACAGGAUCAUGGCGAGAAGGAAGAAUACACAUCCGAGUGGCCAAAAUUGACUCCUACUCUCGGAUCUUCUUUCCUACAGCCUUCACCCUAUUCAACCUUGUUUACUGGAUUGGUUACCUUUACAUGCAACCAAAAUACUACAUCAAGUGAUGGAUAUUUCUGAACUCUUUCUAUCCUAUAUGCUACACAUGUUAUGUGUUUAACAGUUUUUUGUUAAAAUUGUAGUUAAUCUGCUACCGACUGCCAUUCAAAUUGGAAAGUAAUAGUCUGCGAAAGAUCCCUAUUCCUAAUUAUCUACGAGAUAAAUUGAAGUUCAAUAGAAUUGUGCUCAGGCCUCGUUCCUACAGUCCCAGAACUGAGUAGUUAUCUCUACUGUUUUGUCAUUUCCUUUGCCACGCUGGAACUGAAGAAAUCGCACAGGAAUGGAAGAAACUAUGACAUCAUCAGAUAGCGCUACUGUAGGUCCUUUCCAAUUGAUCUUAUCUGGCAAUGCAGAAAUGACAACUAAAGC